GUCCCUCACAUUAUCCUCACGGGUGAAACGUAAAUCUCAACGUUGAUCACGGAAUUUCUACAUCCCAAACUGGCAACCUGCGUGAUAAUCAGGGGGAGGCGCCAGUACGCAGUAGUUUCUGGAAGGAACCUCAUGCUUGCACCAUGGAGAAAGUUUCAGCAUUGAAAGACCAGGGCAACAAGGCGCUGAGUGCAGGAAAUAUUGAUGAGGCUGUACGUUGCUACACCGAAGCUGUGGCCCUUGACCCUUCAAACCAUGUCCUGUUCAGUAACCGCUCUGCUGCCUACGCCAAGAAAGGCAACUAUGAGAAUGCUCUCCAGGAUGCCUGUCAGACCAUCAAGAUCAAGUCUGAUUGGGGCAAAGGCUACUCCCGCAAAGCUGCAGCAUUGGAAUUUCUUGGCAGAUUGGAGGAUGCCAAAGCAACUUACCAUGAGGGACUCCGGCAAGAGCCAAGUAAUCAGCAGCUAAAGGAGGGUUUACAGAACAUUGAGGCCCGGCUUGCAGAGAAAUCAAUGAUGAACCCCUUCGCCAUGCCCAACUUGUAUCAGAAGCUGGAGACUGAUUCUCGGACCCGUGAGCUGCUGUCAGAUCCCAGCUACAGAGAACUGCUGGAGCAGCUCAGGAGCAAACCAUCGGAGCUUGGCACGAAGCUGCAGGAUCCCAGAGUUAUGACCACUCUCUCUGUGCUGCUGGGACUGAACCUCUCUGAGAUGGAUGAAGACGAGGAUCCCAGUCCCCCUCCUCCCUCCAAACCCAAAGAGACUCAGCCACCUGCUCCCAAAGAGGAAGACCUUCCCGAAAACAAGAGAAAGGCAUUGAAGGAGAAGGAACUUGGGAAUACUGCAUAUAAGAAUAAGGACUUUGAAGCGGCGCUGAAACAUUAUGAAGAAGCAGUCAAACAUGACCCCAUCAACAUGACAUAUAUAUCUAAUCAAGGAGCUGUGUACUUUGAGAUGGGAGAUUUUGAGAAGUGCCGAGAGCUGUGUGAGAAGGCCAUUGAUGUUGGCAGGGAGAACCGGGAAGACUACAGACAAAUAGCGAAGGCUUUGGCUAGGAUUGGAAGCUCGUAUUUCAAGGAGGAUAAAUACAAAGAAGCAGUUCAGUUUUUCAACAAGAGUUUGACGGAGCACCGUACUCCGGGCGUCUUGAAGAAGUGCCAACAGGCAGAGAAGAUAGUGAAGGAGCAGGAGAAAGUAGCCUACAUCAACCCCGACUUAGCCCUGGAAGAGAAGAACAAGGGGAACACCGGUUUCCAGAAAGGAGACUACCCCUUAGCCAUGAAACAUUAUUCCGAGGCCAUCAGGAGAAACCCCAAGGAUGCCAAACUCUUCAGUAACCGAGCUGCCUGCUACACAAAGCUGUUGGAGUUUCAACUUGCCCUCAAGGAUUGUGAAGAGUGCAUCAGACUUGAGCCUAGCUUCAUCAAAGGCUACACGCGUAAAGCAGCCGCCUUGGAGGCCAUGAAAGACUUUACUAAAUCUAUGGAUGCGUACCAGAAGGCUCUGGAUCUCGACUCUUCCUCAAAGGAAGCCACAGAAGGCAUACAGCGCUGUAUGAUCAGUCAGACGUCUAUAAGGACUGACAGUCCUGAGGACGUGAAGAAGAGGGCCAUGUCUGAUCCCGAGGUGCAGCAGAUUAUGAGUGAUCCUGCCAUGCGCAUGAUCCUUGAGCAAAUGCAGAAGGACCCUCAGGCGCUUAGCGACCACUUAAAGAAUCCAGUCAUUGCUCAGAAGAUUCAGAAACUCAUUGAUGUCGGACUGAUAGCCAUUCGUUGACGAGAACCAAGAGACUCCAAGACAACAGAGGAACAACGUGCAAAUCCCUCCAAAAUAUUACAUCCUCCUUUCUUGCCUUUAAAUUCAAAAUCAUAUUGUCGUUAGUCUCCCUGAGACUUUGUGUAUGUUAUGUUUUUUUUUUUUUUUUAAAUCAGUUUCACAACUUUUCCAUUGUAUUUGAGAAAGCAUCUUGUAUGUCAUCUGGAAAACUUCAGGACUCCAGAAAAUCUGAAAACUGGAUUUGUUUGUACAGAUGCUCAAAUACAUCUUAAAAUAAACCGCACAAUUCAGUGCACCAGCACACUAUGUGUUUUAAAGGGGAAAUCCACCCUAAAGCAGAGCGUAUAUUCCUAUUGUUUCAUGGUUUAAGGAAAUAAGACAAAAAAAUAGAAGCAUUUCUACACGCAAAAUAAACAUUGUAAUGUAGAUCACAAAUUGAAAUUGUCAACAUUGGUCAUUGUUCUUAAUGCUCUUGUCCUCUUAGGCUUGACUAAACAUGGUGCUUUAAAGCUGAGGUGACAAGUUUGUUCAACUCUUUUGGUCAUCUCCCACACUUCAGGUGGAAAGCUGAAUCUAUUCUAUCUUCUGGCCCCUCACAUGCAGGUCCUGAAUCUUGUAAGCAUUUUAGGUAUUAUUUUUUAACCUAUCGGAAAUAUUUGAGGUUAGUGUUUGAGCCUUGCUGUCUUUCGUUUAAUAGAUGGUAUUAUUUGUGUACAGCUAAUGUCAGGAAAGCGCUGAGGGGUUCCUUGAUUGUGGUGGCAGGAGGAUGGAUCUAGACAAAUUAUAACUGGUACUGGAAGAACACUACUUGAUGCCAUCAAGAGUGAAGGGAUAUUUAGCCAUGAUGAUCGAUUUAUGAUUUAUUAUUAAUGAAAUUCAUACAGCAAUUAAGGCAGCCAUGCUAUUGUUUUGUAAUAUUAUAUUGUUAGUCAACAAUUUAAAUCGUGGAAGGCAAAGCUCUUCAACUGCCAGUUGAAGUAUCGACAAGUAUACUGUGGAAAAAUCACUUCUCUGUGAGAAACUGCAUGAGUUGACCUCGCACAGCGUCACGAUUUAGUGAUCAAGUUUAAACUUUGAGCAGGCAACAGGAAGUGUGUAGAUAAUUCAAGUAGAAGUAGAAGUGUUUGACAUGUCAAAUAUUGGUUUCCUAAGCCUGAAAGUAGAGGGCUGCUGUUCAAAAUGUGCCUGGCUUGAAUAUUUCAAGACAAUGGGAAUAAUGUGAUAGUUAAAGGGUGGAUUUACCUUUCUAAACUAGCUGCUAUUGGUUGAGUAUUGGGGUCAUAAUUAUCUCACUUCAUGAUGCAUCUCUAAUCUUAGUCCUCGCAUUACAACGGCAUAAUUGCUCAAUCUGAAUUUCUCUAAACAUGGCAAACAACACAAAUGGGGGUGUGGGACAUUUUUACAUCAAAGUCCCAUUGUUAUCAGAAAAUACACGCAACAAAUGGGGAACUCUCACAUGGUGUAAAAGAAACUGUCCCAAAAAGUGUAAUGUACUAAUGGAAAUCAGUUGUACAGUGAAAUAUACAGUAUCUGAAUGUAUUUUAAAAGUCAGUGGUGGCUUUUUUGUCCUAUAAGACCAACAAUGUUGACAGUGACUCAAUGCAGUAGUAGACCUACAUUUUAGGGUCUUAGUCAGUGUGAUUUUAAAACCUUACAGUAAACACCAAUAAAAAGUACUAUGAGAGAUUCUUCAUAAAAACACUUGUGUAAA